CGGCCCCGCACGUUCAGCGGCAAUGCGGCCGUUUCCCAGGUCCAGCAUCCGAAGGAUGUGCUGGCACUUGGGAGCGGAGUUGCCAAUCCAAAUGUCUCGCCCCUCAAUGUUGCCCUCCACCGAGCCCCUGGAUUAGCGCCCUCCGAAUCGGGCAGCCGGCGGUGACGGUAAUUUCCCGCUGUUUUUGCAGGAAGCGGUGGAAGAGGUUAGUUGGUGUAGUAUUUAACGCCCCCUUGGUAUCCCAUCUCGGACUUGCUCCUCUUCCCUUUCUUUCCUCAGCUCACGCAAGCCAAUUGAAGCCCAGCUCUUUGACUUCGGUCGUCCACUCUUUCAACAACAACACACUCAAGCUUUUCAGCUUCAAUCAAUCUUUCACCCCAACAACCUUUCGUUUCUUACGAAACCUUUUUAAGCAAACCACCGUCAAGAUGCGUUUCGCUCUCGCUACCGUUGCCCUCGCCGGUGCCGCCCUGGCCAACGCCGUUGAGGAGGCCCAGAGCACGUUCACCUCGUACGAGUACGUCACCAUCACCUCGUGCGGCCCCGAGGUCACCAACUGCCCGGCCCGCUCGACCUCGACCUCCGCUGCCGACUUGACCACCUCGACCAUCUACAGCACCACGGUCCGCACCGUCUCGGACGUUGUCGUGACUGAGACCACGGCCUACACCACCGUGUGCCCCGUCACGGCCAGCGAGAGCGUCUCGGUGCCGCAGGAGAGCGAGGCCCCGGCCCCCACGGAGGAGCCUUCGUCGUCUGGCUCCUUCGUCCCGGCUCCCCCGGCCGAGAGCACCACCCUGGUGACUGUCGCCCCGGCCCCGGCCUGCCCCACCACCUCGGUCAAGACCAUCAAGACCUCCAUCACGACCGUCAUCCCCACCAUCAUCUACGAGACGGUCGAGGUCCCCUGCGCCACCAGCGCCCCCAGCAACCCGCUCCCUCCCUCGGCUGGCCUCCCGCCCAGCAGCAGCCAGCCCGCGACCACCAGCACUCCUCCCAUCCCGACUGCCGGUGCCGCUUCCUUCGGCGCUCCCGCUGCUCUCGCCGCUGCCGCCGGCAUCUUUGCCCUUCUGGCUUAAGUUCACCCGCUCUGAGCCGGCGCCCGUCUCGUGGCGUGCCGCCUAGAGUAGAGAGAGCGAGAAAUGGGGGUUUGUGCUUGGGGAUGUUUUGGAGGGCUACCUUGAUGGGGAAGGAAUUGGAUUUAUAUCAACCUUUUUGUAUGAAUUCAAUUCUUUUCUCUCA